GUGUGUGUGUGUCUGUGUGUGUGUCUGUGUGUUGUUCCGGCCACGUCAGCCGGACGCUGUGUCGUCAUCAGACCGCGUCGUGUUGUUGUCAGUUCAGUUCGUCUCAGUUGAGUCGAACGAGCAGAGAGAAGUGUCGAGGCGACGGAGCAGCUGCUGUUCGGUUGUAACGAGAGAAGUGGAAUCUGUUCAUAUGUUCAUGUGAUCGUCCAAUCAGAUGAACAUAUGAAGCUCAGGUGUCUGAUCGACCAGCAGCAGAUCAAUAGUCUUGAAUAAGAUCAGGUGAAUCUCUGUUCACCGAAUCCAGAUUCUGAGGAGAAUCAACUGGAGGAAAAGGCUCCAGAUAAUUGUGUUUCAGCUCUUGUGGCUCCAACACAUUAUGAGGUGAUGAAGAGACCGAAGCUCGCCGGAGUCUUCCUCUUCGUGAGCUGCCUGCUUGUCUACCUCAUGUUCGUCAAGCGUCACUACGCCGUCUUCAGCCCAGACGCUGCCAGCCCCCCUUCCCACCACCGGCACGCCGCCCACCAGGACGCAGAUGACACGUCGGCCUCUGACGCAGGACGCAGCUUCCAGUAUGGAAUCAUGUUCGAUGCCGGAAGCACGGGGACGAGAAUCCACGUCUUCAAGUUCCAGAUCGACGACAAUGAAGCUCCCUCACUGGCCCAUGAGACGUUCAGGGCCAUCAAACCUGGACUGUCUGCGUACGCCGACGAUCCAGAGAAGUGCUCAUCCGGGAUCCUGGAGCUGUUGGAGGUGGCGAGGUCCAGUGUCCCAGCGUCGCUCUGGACCAGGACCCCGGUGGUCCUGAAGGCCACGGCUGGACUCCGCCUGCUGCCCGGAGACAAGGCCUCGGAGCUGCUGGACCAGGUGAGGGCGCUGUUCCUCCAGUCCCCCUUCCUGUCCGGAGACGACAGCGUGUCCAUCAUGGACGGGACGGACGAAGGGAUUUCUGCCUGGAUCACAGUCAACUUCCUCACCGGUGGUCUUCAUGGUGCUGACUCGCCCACAGUGGGGAUGUUGGAUUUGGGCGGCGGAUCGACUCAGAUCACCUUCAGCCCUCAGGAUGAGAAAACCCUCCAGACCUCACCCAUCGACUACAUCCGGUCCUUCCAGAUGUUCAACAACACACACACCGUCUACACUCACAGUUAUCUGGGUCUGGGCCUGAUGUCGGCUCGACUCGCCGUCCUGGGCGGCGUUGACGCUUCACCUCUAGGGGGCAGCACUGAGCUGGUCAGCCCCUGCCUUGCUCCAGAGUACUCGGGGAGCUGGGAGCACGCUGACGUCGUCUACACUGUGAAGGGACAGAAAGCAGGGGAACCGGUCUACGAGGCGUGUCUCACCAAAGUGGAGAAGGUUCUGUACAGGAAGGUGAUGAAGGCGUCGGAGGCCGCAGACGUGGAGUUCUAUGCCUUCAGCUACUACUACGACCGGGCCGUCGACGUCGGGGUCAUCGAGGAGAAAGACGGAGGAUACAUCCGAGUGUCCGACUACACCGACGCUGCUCUGAGAGUGUGCGGCGGUCUGUCCGUGUCUCCUCAGAGUCCGUUCCUCUGUCUGGACCUCGUUUACAUCUCAGUUCUGCUGCAGGAGCUCGGGUUCCCUCCUCACAAACAGUUCAAGCUGGCGAGGACAAUCAACCAGGUGGAGACCAGUUGGGCUCUGGGGGCGACGUUCCACUACAUCGAGUCCCUGAAGGGACACUGAGGGUGGGCUGACCUCUGAGAAGCCUGACGCCAGCAGGUGGUGAACACGCCACUCUCCUAUUGGCUGCUCUCUGAUCCCAGGUGAUCUGACCUCGUUGGCUUCACUCCUGCUCCCGGGUCACGUGACCUCUGACCUCCAAUCAGCUGCACUGUACUCAGCCAUGUGAUCACUCCGGCUCCACGUUGAAUGUGUUGAUUUUCUCUUUUGAUCGUUUGUUCUGACGAUGUUUGAAUGUUUGAAUGUUUUUGUGCCAAAAUCUGAUUUGAGUUUUUUCAGUCAAAGCCUCAGAGAAACUCUGGUGAAGGAACUUUUCUAUUCUGAUGAAGUGAAACUUUUAAAUACUUUAUUUAAUAA